UGAUUCUGCACACCCCUCUUCCACUGAGACCACUAUAAAAUAGAGCUGGUUCAGCUGUUCACCCCCUCUUUUGCCAUCAUUAUUUUGUUUCUCGGGCACCAUGUUGGCAUCGCUGUGGAUAGGCGCCCUCGUCGCUUUGGCGGGGUUCUAUAUCGCGACUUGCUAUGGUCAUAAACGACAGCAGUUACCUCUUCCUCCUGGUCCUCCACGAAAGCCGAUUAUAGGCAAUUUAUUUGACUUGCCCAACCCAAACCAGCAGGAUUGGCUUUUCUGGCGCAAGCACAAGAGUCUCUAUGGCCCCAUCAGCUCAAUCAGCGUCAUGGGACAAACCAUCAUCAUCGUCAACGACGCCCGGCUCGCCGUGGAGUUGCUGGAGAAGCGAUCCGUAAUCCAUUCAUCACGUCCACAACAGGUCUUUGCUGAGUUGGCGGGCUGGAAAGAUAAAGUCCUCGGGGCUGUGACAGAUAUGGAACAAUUCAGACAAACAAGACGACAUCUUCAUCGCGAGAUCGGCUCCAAUAAUUCCGUUGCUCGGUUUAAUGACAUCCAGAUGGCGGAGGUGGGUCGGUUUCUGCUGCGGGUGGUAGAGGAACCCGACAAGUUGUUUUCCCAUAUACGAAAAGAGGCGGGAGCAAUCAUCCUCAGGAUCGGUUACGGAUACACCAUUGAACCGCAUGAUCGGGAUCCCUUGGUGGAUCUGGCCGACGUUGCGAUGGAGACGUUUGGCAUCGCGAUGUUGCCCGCGACUUGGGCGGUGGACUUUUUCCCUAUUUUGAGAUACGUGCCCGCCUGGUUUCCCGGAGCGGGGUUCAAGAAGAUCGCGCAAAGCUAUCGGAAGAAAGUAGCUGCCUUCAGCGACAUCCCGUAUGGGUUCGUCCAGCAGCAGAUGCGAGACGGCUCCUUUUUGCCCUCGUUUCUAUCCAAUCUCCUCCAGGACGAAGCCCCCGAGCCGGGAUCAGAACAAGAAAAUACAGUGAAAUGGUCCGCCGGAUCGCUCUACGCAGGAGGUGCAGAUACCACGGUAUCAUCGAUAUCCAGCUUCUUCCUAGCGAUGGCGUUAUUCCCCGAGGUGCAGCGCAAGGCUCAGGCGGAGCUCGACGCGGUGGUCGGGACGGACCGACUGCCUCAGUAUGCGGAUCGGGAACAGCUGCCUUAUACCAACGCGCUCGUCAAAGAGGCACUCAGAUGGCAUCCUGUCGUUCCGAUGUCCCUUGCGCAUACGUCCAUCGAGGAUGAUACCAUUGAGGGUUACUCCAUCCCCAAAGGAGCGUCAAUUCUUGCCAACAUCUGGGAAUUCACGCAUGAUCCAAACGUCUACGCCGACCCCAUGGCGUUCAACCCGGAUCGAUUCCUGGCCUCAGAGGGUCAUCCCGCGGAACGAGAUCCUCACCUGCUUGUAUUUGGGUUUGGCCGGCGAAUCUGUCCCGGGCGCAAUCUAGCCGACGUGAACGUUUUCCUCACUAUUGCGCAAUCGCUCGCUGUCUUUGAUAUUUCGAAGCCUGUGGAGAAUGGUAAAGUCAAGGAGGUAUCUGCCGAGUUUCUCCCGGGAGUCAUCAGUCACCCGGCCCCAUUCAAUGUGUCCAUUCGGCCGCGGAGCACAGCGCAUUUGGAGCUUAUCCGGUCGCUGGAGCAGAAAUACCCCUGGGAGAAGAGCCAUGCGGAGGAUUUGGGGAGUGUGGAGUAUUAGUGCUGAUGUUGGUGGGUGGAGAUGUUGAAAGGCCAGCUUCAGAGCGAUGAUAGUGAGAAGCGAUUAUAUUCCGGAUCCCUGUAUCUAGUGUUACAAAUCUUUGAGAGGGAUCUGUCCCCCAUCAAAGCACUAUGAACAUCUAUCAUUGUAUGAUAGGCAAUAUGCUAUCCAUCCUUGGC